CCCCCCCCCCCCCCCCCCCCCCCCCCCCCCCCCCCCCCCACCCCCCCCCCCCCCCCCCCCCCCCCCCCCCCCCCCCCCCCCCCCCCCCCCCCCCCCCCCCCCCCCCCCCCCCCCCCCCCCCCCCCCCCCCCCCCCCCCCCCCCCCCCCCCCCCCCCCCCCCCCCCCCCCCCCCCCCCCCCCCCCCCCCCCCCCCCCCCCCCCCCCCCCCCCCCCCCCCCCCCCCCCCCCCCCCCCCCCCCCCCCCCCCCCCCCCCCCCCCCCCCCCCCCCCCCCCCCCCCCCCCCCCCCCCCCCCCCCCCCCCCCCCCCCCCCCCCCCCCCCCCCCCCCCCCCCCCCCACCCCCCCCCCCCCCCCCCCCCCACCCCCCCCCCCCCCCCCCCCCCCCCCCCCCCCCCCCCCCCCCCCCCCCCCCCCCCCCCCCCCCCCCCCCCCCCCCCCCCCCCCCCCCCCCCCCCCCCCCCCCCCCCCCCCCCCCCCCCCCCCCCCCCCCCCCCCCCCCCCCCCCCCCCCCCCCCCCCCCCCCCCCCCCCCCCCCCCCCCCCCCCCCCCCCCCCCCACCCCCCCCCCCCCCCCCCCCCCCCCCCCCCCCCCCCCCCCCCCCCCCCCCCCCCCCCCCCCCCCCCCCCCCCCCCCCCCCCCCCCCCCCCCCCCCCCCCCCCCCCCCCCCCCCCCCCCCCCCCCCCCCCCCCCCCCCCCCCCCCCCCCCCCCCCCCCCCCCCCCCCCCCCCCCCCCCCCCCCCCCCCCCCCCCCCCCCCCCCCCCCCCCCCCCCCCCCCCCCCCCCCCCCCCCCCCCCCCCCCCCCCCCCCCCCCCCCCCCCCCCCCCCCCCCCCCCCCCCCCCCCCCCCCCCCCCCCCCCCCCCCCCCCCCCCCCCCCCCCCCCCCCCCCCCCCCCCCCCCCCCCCCCCCCCCCCCCCACCCCCCCCCCCCCCCCCCCCCCCCCCCCCCCCCCCCCCCACCCCCCCCCCCCCCCCCCCCCCCCCCCCCCCCCCCCCCCCCCCCCCCCCCCCCCCCCCCCCCCCCCCCCCCCCCCCCCCCCCCCCCCCCCCCCCCCCCCCCCCCCCCCCCCCCCCCCCCCCCCCCCCCCCCCCCCCCCCCCCCCCCCCCCCCCCCCCCCCCCCCCCCCCCCCCCCCCCCCCCCCCCCCCCCCCCCCCCCCCCCCCCCCCCCCCCCCCCCCCCCCCCCCCCCCCCCCCCCCCCCCCCCCCCCCCCCCCCCCCCCCCCCCCCCCCCCCCCCCCCCCCCCCCCCCCCCCCCCCCCCCCCCCCCCCCCCCCCCCCCCCCCCCCCCCCCCCCCCCCCCCCCCCCCCCCCCCCCCCCCCCCCCCCCCCCCCCCCCCCCCCCCCCCCCCCCCCCCCCCCCCCCCCCCCCCCCCCCCCCCCCCCCCCCCCCCCCCCCCCCCCCCCCCCCCCCCCCCCCCCCCCCCCCCCCCCCCCCCCCCCCCCCCCCCCCCCCCCCCCCCCCCCCCCCCCCCCCCCCCCCCCCCCCCCCCCCCCCCACCCCCCCCCCCCCCCCCCCCCCCCCCCCCCCCCCCCCCCCCCCCCCCCCCCUUCGCUUGUCGAUAAUGGCGGCCUUCUCUCUCCCCCUAGACAUCUUGCUUGAAAUACUUCUCUGCUGCUUUUCUUUAUCCUCACAUCAACUAGUCCCUUUAAAGAAUCUGAAGCCACUGAUCCUCCUCCUAAGAAACAUGUUUGAGAAAGAUGAUAAUGAUAAUCCCGCUUUCGACUCUUCUUUUGAUGAGAACUUGUGGCCACUGAUCCUCCUCCUAAGCCACUGA